AUGUCUAUGUUUGCAUCUACAUUUCGAUGGCUGCAGAGGAAGAGAUAUCAAUAUGAGGUCACAUUCUCAUUGUAUAUGUUGACACCCACGGAGAAAUUCAUAUUCAAUUCGUUCCUUUUCCUCUUCUUUAGCAUGAUCAUCAUUGCUAUGACACUUUACCUCCCACAACACAUCACAUUCCUUACCAACCGUGCCUGGUUUUACUAUAACGGAGACGAAUCGGCCAAGUCUGCUCUGACAUCUGCGAGUCCUAUACUAGAUGCAGUGGUCAAGGAAACAGUUGGGAUGACUACUAUGGCUGGAGCCGGGAAGGAAUUAUGA